GGCCUCUUCGCAAUCCAUAUUCCUCAUGCCACCGUAUCUUCAUAUGCCUGGCAAAAGGAUAUCGUCCUAAUAAUGUCUCCAUGUCUGACCAAAAGUCUCGACGCUCUCCACGAGUCAAGCCCUCCGGCUCACAUCGUUGUCCGCAGUGUGACAAGGUUUAUGAGCGUCCUGAUCAUCUGGCUCGACACUUAGAUUCUCUUGACGACGGCAGAUCGCAACGAGCUGAUGUCUUGCAAAGACAUCAGGUCGUCCAUGAAAAGAAUACGGCCGAAGGAAAGACAUUGAAACGCCAGAAGGAACGAGCCAUUCAAGCAUGUGAGCCUUGUGCAACCGCAAAGCUCAGCUGUGAUAAUGAGAGACCAUGCAACCGGUGCAAGAGCAAAGGAACUGAGUGCAUUGCUAAGCGCCCAAGACCUUCCAUGCGAAACAAAGACCGUGCUGUCUACACACCCGUAUCGCCUCAGAGUUGGUAUCAAGAUGAGAGCAUUUAUGUAUGCUCAGGGUCAAUUGCGACUCCAAUAUCCCGUUCAGAUGAAAUCAGUAUGCCACAAGAAACAGCAGGAGCUCAUGGCAUCUACACCCCAAUUCCUCCAACAAAAUCUACAACGCAGCUAGAUCAGCUUUUGCCAAACCACUACCCAAAUCAAACCGAUCUUGCUGGGUAUCAAAAUAUGAACAGCUUUCCUGCAUUCUUCGAACAAAUCAUGCUUCCAGAUCUACCCGGAGUGAACGAAACCCAGGACCCUCAGCAACCUCGAGAUGUAUUUGAUUUCAUGCAGGACGCGGAUUUUACAUUUUCAGACAUUGAUUUGUUUGGAAAUAAUUUUAUUCCUGAUCUUGAUAUGAUUCUUGACCCGCAGGUCCAUAUACAGGAUGAUGGAAGCGGUCCGGAUCUGAUAGUGGAUUCGGUAGGAUCUGCAAGGUUGCGUGUCGAAGCAUUUCAAAGAUCUCUAUGGCUUUGGAUUCCUGAAAAGAACCAGAAUGCAUUUAGUGAAGAAGGUCGAAUACCGCUGAGGGAUACAGACAUGACUACUGCCAUUUCAUCCUCACACCGAACCCCUCUAGAUAAUCUGAAAAUCCAAGGCAAACUUACCAAUCGAGCGAGAGACGAUAUGUUCCAGCUAGUGGUACGAACUGCUGGAUCGCGACUUCUCGUGUCCGCUUUUCCUGCUGCAGAACAUCUAGAUACAUUGAUCAAGAUUGGGAUUGCAAAGAAGACAGAAACGGAUUCCUGGAUUCACCCAUAUACCUUAUACAAUCAAGACUUAAGGCCAGAGCUUUUGACUGCCAUGGUCGCUGCUGGGUGCGUAUGUUGUCGGACGCCGUCCAUCAAUAAGACCGGUAUAAUUCUCCAGGAAAUUGUCCGAGUCAGCUUGGCACAACUGGUGGAAUACGAUAAUAGCGUGCUGCGGGAUCUCCAAUACCUCCAGGCGUCAAUGAUGUGGCUUGAUAUUGGCGUUUUCUGCGGCUACAAGCGGAAAAUGCAAAUCGCCGAGAGCUAUCUACAACCGCUUUGUACAGCCCUCCGGCGUGCUGGCACGUUUGACUGCUCAGCAUAUUCUGCAAUCACGCCUUUUUCUUGUCUCGAUAAUGAAGAAUCGCUAGAAGAUAUCUGGCAUACAUGGGUCAAGCAGGAGUCCCUAAAGCGUUUGGUUUACCACUUGUUCGAGCAUGAUAUCCAGGUGGCCACGGCAAUGAACCGACCGGCAAUUACCUGCUAUGCAGAACUAACCCUUCCAUUUCCGGCUCAUCGAGAUCUUUGGCUAGCACCCACAGCCACAGCUUGGAAGAAUGUCUAUAUUGAAAUGUAUGGCCGUCACAUAAGAACAUCUGAGUUGAGUUUGCGGGAUGUUCUUGCAGAUCCGAGUCUCCUCAACCAUCCUCCUUCUGAUUUUGAUGCGGGAAUUGCCACAUUAGCCCUUUUACAUGGCCUAGCAAGCCAGGUAUGGGAAUUCCGACAACAAGUUUUGCUGUCGCGUUGUUGUCUCUCUGGAUCUCGUGCUAUGAAUCGCUUGUGGCUGCAGAGCCGACAAGAUGAUAUAUACUCCAUUCUCCAGGGCUUUCAAGGCGAUUUAUUCAGCGCAUCAGCGGUUGCCACACUGCUGAAGGAGUUCACCAUGAUGUAUUUACACAUUGAUGUAGACGCUAUACAACGAUUCGCCGGUAAGCUUGGGGAGCUGGAUGCGAAACGAGCAUAUCCUGGGCUACGUGAUUGGAGCCAAACGAAGGAAGCCCGCAUAGCUAUCUGGCAUGCCGGUCAGGUCUUUCGCACUGCACGACUUGUGCCCCCUUAUCAAUUGCGCGGAUUUGAUUGUCUAGCAAUCUAUCAUGCAGCGUUGACUCUGUGGGUUUACGGGCUCUUGCAAUGCGGCGAAAAUAGACAUGUGGAAGUGAAUACUCCUGUUACUGUUGUUGAUGGUGCAAUCUUUGUUUGCAUUGAUGGUCCUGAGUGCCAACUCACGAAGGCUUUUGUCGCCCGCAACAUUGGCCAACCAGGGUUGACAUUCGAUACUAUUCCUGGAGGUCAUGACUCCGCCAGCCAUCAAGGCUUUUGUGAGCUUUCUAAGCCUCGAUCGAUCAUGGUAAUUGCCCGCCAGAUAUUUGAGAGCAAUUAUCCUGGCGCGUCGCCGGCUAAUAACUUGCCACCACUCGUCAGUAACCUGCGCGAUUUGAUGCAAGACUUAGGGGAUUUGCCAUAG